UCACAGCAGCUUUCUGUCCAACACUUUCCUCCUCCCGCCUGUUGGGUUUAGCACCUCCUUCGCUCCACAGAGCACUCUGCUAUUUCACAAUAAGUUUCAAUAGUUGUAAAUCAGAGGGAGGAAACCAAACAGCAGAGGAGGAGCAACAGUGGAGAGAGGAGAGCUGCAGCGUCACACUCCAGAAAUGAAACUUAAGUCUGUCAGAGUGUCAGCCUCCCUGCAGUCCAGACAAGUCUCUGUUUCUCUCUAGAAGAAGUGACUUCAUCAGGUCAACAACACAGCACAGUCUCUGCCUAACACUGACAUGGCUGCUGCAAACUAUCUGCCAUCUGAAGAUCGGUUCCUGUGCGCCAUCUGUCUGGAUGUGUUCACUGAUCCUGUCACCACAUCAUGUGGACACAACUUCUGCAAAAGCUGCAUCGACAAACACUGGAAUAAUAAUGACCAGUACCUGUGUCCCAUGUGUAAGAACGUUUUCAACACAAGACCUGAGCUGCACGUCAACACUUUCAUCUCUGAGAUGGUUGUUCAGUUCAGACAGUCAGCUCAACAGAAAUCCAGCAGCAGCUCAGAGCAACAAGUGUCCAAACCAGGAGAAGUUCCCUGUGACGUCUGCACUGGAACCAAACUGAAGGCCCUGAAGUCCUGCCUGGUGUGUCUGGCCUCCUACUGUGAGACUCACCUGGAGCCUCAUCAGACAAUGUCAGGCCUGAAAAGACAUCAGCUGAUCGACGCUGUGGAGAACCUGGAAGGCAGGAUGUGUCCGAAGCACGAUAAACCUCUAGAGCUGUUCUGUAAGACCGACCAGACGUGCGUCUGUAUGCUCUGCACCGUUUUAGUCCACAAGAUGCAUGAAGUUGUUCCUCUGAAAGAAGGAUAUGAAGAAAAGAAGAGUGAGCUGGAGACUGAAAUUCAGCAGAUGAUCCAGAAGAGACGAUUGAAGAUUCAGGAGGUCAAACACUCAUUCGACCUCAGUGAGAAAGAUGCAAACAGAGAGAUAUCGGAAGGAGUUCAGGUCUUCACCGCUCUGAAGGAGUCUGUUGAGAGAAGCCAGGCCGAGCUCAUCAACACGAUCAGAGAGAAGCAGAAAACCACUGAAAAACAGGCUGAAGGUUUCGUCAAAGAGCUGGAACAGGAAAUCUCUGAGCUGGAGAAGAGAAGCGCUGAGGUGGAGCAGCUCUCAAGCUCUGAAGACCAUCUCCGUCUUCUCCAAAGUGUCCAGUCCCUAAACACCCACCACCCAACACCCACCAAGGACUGGACAGAGAUCAGCCUCCGGCCAUCAUCAUAUGACGGGACUGUGGAGAGAGCUGUGGCUCAGCUGGAGGAGACGCUCAGUGAACAGAUGAGGAAGCUGCUUCAGUUUGAGCUGGAGAGGGUCCAGCAGUAUGCUGUGGAUGUGACUCUUGAUCCUGAUACAGCAAAUCCCUACUUAAUCCUGUCUGAUGAUGGGAAAAAAGUGUAUGAUGGUGAUUUGAAGAAGAAACUGCCCAACAACCCAGAGAGAUUUUCUUUCGAACUCUUUGUUUUAGGGAAGCAGAGUUUUUCUACAGGCAGAUUUUACUUUGUGGUGCAACUUAAGGGAAAGACUGCCUGGACUUUAGGAGUGGCCAGAGAGUCGGGGCAAGGGAGAACCAAAACCAGCCCUCGGAGUGGUUUCUGGAGUAUAUGUUUGAGAAAUGGAAACGAGUACAGAGCUCUUGCUGACCCUCCGGUCCUUCUCUCUCUGAAGUCUCCUCCUCAGAAGGUGGGGGUGUUUGUGGAUUAUGAGAAGGGUCUGGUCUCCUUUUUUGAUGUAGAUGCUGCAGCUCUCAUCUACUCCUUUACUGGCUGCUCCUUCACUGAGAAACUCUCUCCACAAUUAGGUCCAGGCCAUAAUAAUGGUGGCAAAAACUCUGCACCUCUGAUCAUCUCUCCUGUUGGAGUAAACUAAUCACUGAUCUAAUUUCAUGUAUUGAUUUAUUAAUUUCCUACACACACAUUAUGUGGAGAAUAUCCAUUUAAACCUCUGUUAAACACACAGACAUUUAUUUCUGCUUCUGGGAGAAAUCCUUGUUUCUGAAGAGAUCGCAUGUCAAGCUGAAGUUUGAGUUAAUUAGCCAAGAAAUAAUGCAAAAUAUCAACUCUUCUUUUUUUCCUUUUUACAAAAAAAAUGUUUUGAUUUGAUAAGGAGCCACAGGAAGCAUGUUGCUGAAAAACUUGUUGUUUAAUAAAGCUUAAUGUAAGAUGAAUAAUAUCUACAGCAUACAGUAUGUCUCUAUUAUAAUGAACAUAAAGUUAAUAUAAAGAGUUGACUUAGAGCCAACAAAAUUGUCUAUCUUGUCUGAAAAGUGAUUUGGUUAAUUAAUGUUUACUUUUAUUUGUUUUGUGAAUACUGGUGAGAUGGUUUUGAGUCAAAAAUCUGAAAAUGUGAUGUUUAAAUGAAAACUGAAAUAAACUCCUUGUUGAUCACACGACCUGAGUAAGCAGUGACUUGAGCACUAAACAGUUCUGGUUAACACAUAAGUUGUAUUUAGUGAAAAAAAUAUUGUGUUUCCUGUGGCUGCUUCACAAUAAAAGCCAUCUGUGC